AUGCCUCGGAGAGCGCGGCGGCUGGGCUGGGCGGCCCGAGUGGUUGCUUUCUGCCGAGACUCUCGCAGCCCCGGCGAGGAGGCGGGUUCCGAAGCACGCACACUAGGUCGCAGGGCGCCUGGGGGUCUGGGGGCGCCGCGACGGCGCCUCGCUACCCGCACGCGGGCCCGGCUCGAAGGGGCGGGACGGCCUUCCCCACACGCCCCCCUCCAGCCCUCGACGUCGGAGCUCCCGCUCCCACCCUCGGCCCCCGGCCCUCGGCGCUGGCCCCGCCGCCCCGCUUACACGCACCCUUGGCGGGCCCUCUCCGCGCGCCCCAGGGCUCGGGGCAGCCCGGGUGUCUCAGGCAACCGAGAGAAAGGCCACAAAGCAAGAAGGAGCAAAGAGAAGGCGAAGGAGGAGCAGAGGCCAGGGUCCUGCGGACUCGCCUGGAGCUGUGUGACCUUGGUCAAGUUCUGGAACAUCUCUGAAGCUCAGUUCCUCAUCUGGAACAGUGGCUUUGGCCCUGCUGUCAGCCAGGCUGGGCGAGCAGCAUCCGGCGUGUACCAAGAUCUCAGGGAGGGGGCACCCGGACUAAGUGGAAGCAGUUUUCUCACUGGCCUUUUCCUACAGGUGGUUGCAUCUUUGGCAAUGGUCUUGGGAACCCACACCCUCCAUUUGCGUCCCCAGAAGGGCUGUACCCACUGGCCCAGCUGCUGCCCCAGCAAAGGACAGAACCCCACUGAGAAGUGGCUGAAGUGGGACACUGUGCUUAUGCCUCCCCCAGAGACCACCAGCCUUGCCCACUACCCGGGAUCCUGCAAGGCCAGUGAAGACAGACCCCUCAACAGCCGGUCCAUCGCCCCCUGGAGAUACGAGUUGGACAGAGACUUGAACUGGCUCCCCUUGGACCUGUACCGCGCACGUUGCCUGUGUCCACACUGCGUCAGCCUCCAGACAGGCUCCCACAUGGACCCCCUCGGAAACUCGGAGCUGCUCUACCACAACCAGACCGUUUUCUACAGGUGGCCGUGCCCUGGAAAGCAGGGCGCGCAUGAUGGCUACUGCCUGGAAUGCAGGCUCUACCCCAUCUCCUUGGCUUGUGUGUGCAUGCGGCCCUGUGUGAUGGCCUAGCUGGGCCGCCCAUGGCUGGUCCCUGGUCAAACACUGGAGCUGGGUGUACAACCACCUGUUGCCACGGUGAGCCAGGACGCCCGAACGCUCAGCCCCUCCAAAGCACCACCUGGAGCAGCAGGAUCUUGGGACAGGAUGGGGGACUUUGUGGGGAACCGCACUUUGCACUUUUUGAAGUGGAUGGGAAAUGCAGGGCGAAUCCAAGGCAGCAGCAGCGGCUGCUUAUGGCCCCUGGAAACUGACAUCCUCGCAUUUCCUCCUGGGAAAAGUCUUCAAAGCUCUGCCUGUUUCUGUCUCUUCUUUCCUUCCACUCCCAGCUGCCCUGGUGCAGUGCAGGCACUUUCUGAAAUUUUUCCCUUUGCCAAUGGAGGGCCCUUCAUUUCAUUUGUUCGUCCAUUCAUUCAUUCAUUCAUCAAACACUCAGUGAGCAUCUACUUUGGAUGCUCUACCUUACACAUCCUGGUAUAGUUACUAGUCUUUUGA